UUCCAAUGGGAUGUGACAGGUGCCAUCUUCAGGCGCUUGUCUCUGCUCCUAGCGGCAGGGACUGUGGCUGACUGCAAAUCUCCCAAGUGCAAUGCUGGUCUGAAGAGAGCAAGCCCUAGGGUGGGCAGAUGACCUUUCAAGAACUCCCGAACUCCAGGUGGGAUGGCAGUGGGAGAUAAUGGAUGGAGCGCUGGACUAGGAGUCUGGAUAUCUGGCUUCCCGUCCCACUGCAGCCACUAACUUGCUAGGAGAUUGCUAGUGAGCGUCCUGGGAGGAGCCCCAGGACAGAGUCCAGACCACAAGAAGAAGAUGGUAUCAGUACACAGCCUCUCCGAGCUAGAGCGUCUGAAGCUGCAAGAGACUGCUUACCAAGAACUCCUGGUCAGGCAUUUCCUCUCUGAUUUCAAACCCAACCGAGCUCUAACCACUGACCGUUCAAACACCUUGGAGAACAAUUUUCUGGUCUUAAGAGGAAAAGACAGGGCCGUGUCAUCACUCAAGACAUUUGGUGUUCGCCUGGAAGAGGUGCUGGUGAAUGAGUUUACCCGCCGCAAGCAUCUUCAACUAACCGCCGAGAUGCAAGUUGAAGAAGCCACCAGUCGGGCUACCGGCCGUCGUCGUCGAGGAAACGUGGUGCAAAGGAUGUUUGGUCGCAUCAGGCGUUUUUUCAGUCGCACUAGGAAUGAACCUGCUCUGCCGGAGGAGUUCACUCGCCGCGGGCGUCGAGGUGCCGUGUCUGUGGAUAGCUUGGCUGAGCUGGAGGAUGGGGCCCUGCUGCUGCAGACCCUGCAACUUUCCAGGGUUUCGUUUCCUAUUGGGCAGAGGCUUUUGGGAUCUAAAGUAAAGAUGAGCCUCAAUCCUAUGGCAAAACAAAUCCCCGAAAUUGUUGAAGCUUGCUGCAAGUUCAUUGAGGAACAUGGGUUAAGCUCGGUGGGGAUUUUCACUGUUGAAUACUCUGCACAGAAAGUGCUCAAGCUCCGUGAAGAAUUUGAUCAAUGUCUGAAUAUAGUGAUUGAUGAAAAUCAGAAUGUGCAUGAUGUGGCUGCACUCCUCAAGGAGUUUUUCCGUGACAUGAAAGAUUCUCUGCUGCCAAAUGAUCUCUACAUAUCUUUCCUCCUGACAGCAACACUGAAGCCCCAGGAUCAGCUUGCUGCCCUGCAGUUGCUGGUCUACCUGAUGCCACCCUGCCACAGUGACACCCUGGAGCGUCUGCUGCAGGCCCUGCAUAAAAUCACCGAGUACUGCGAGGACUCCAUUGGUCUUGAUGGACAGUUGGUUCCUGGCAACCGCAUGACUUCCACCAACUUGGCCCUAGUGUUUGGAUCUACUCUCCUGAAGAAGGGAAAGCUCAGCAAGAGAGAGUUCAGGAAAAAAAAGUUGGGGAUUGACCACUGCGUUGCUUCCGUCAAUGUUGUCCGCGCCAUGAUUGAUAACUGGGAUGUUCUCUUCCAGGUGCCUCCCAAUAUUCAGAGGCAGGUCGAUAAGCGUGUUUGGAAAUCCAGUCCUGAGGCCCUUGACUUUAUCAGACGCAGGAAUCUGAGAAAGAUCCAGAGUGCACGCAUCAAGAUGGAAGAGGACGCUCUGCUUUCUGAUCCAGUGGGAUCCUCUGCUGAGGCCCGUGAUGCUAUCCUUGGUCAAAGCACGCCCUUAGAUGAAGACCCUGAAGGAGUUCCAGAUGUGGAAGAAAUCUUGAAUCCUGGAGAAAACCUGAACCACGACCUCGAAGAAGGACCAGAUUUUGAAGACCAACAAAAUACUGAACUCGCCGAAGUUCCGUAUCUUGAUGUAAUCCCGAACAAUGAAGACGACUCAGGUACAGGGGAAAUCCCAGUUUCUGCUGAGGAUCCAUCUAUGCUACCUGGCACUGCCAUUUCCAAGGACGAGGAGGAAGCAGCGGGCAACCUCCCCAAUCGGGAAAAAGACCGUCCAUUGCUCCGUGUGCCCCGAGCCAAAAAGGCCAAAACUGGCACCAGCUACUUCUUACCCUAGAUGGUUUUCCUUCUGUAAGAUUCAGGACAGGGGAAAAGGAUGGGGUAGACUUUGAAUGUCACAGCAAACUGUAAAGAGAACCUUAAAGAUAGACACACAUCUGAUGGUAGGAAGGCAUUCCCACUGAUGCUCGGGUCAGGAUGGGAAUUCCACAUACACUGCCAGCCCCUUCACUGGGGAUGCUCGGUCUUUUCAGCUGGUAAAAACAUAGUUAUUUCAGUGCCAUGUCUGGGCACCCCACUGCAAUCUCUUUUACCCCUCGAUCCUGGCAUUCUUUCACUACAGCCCUUUCUAUAAUUGAUGUUACAUUUGUGGUGAACACCUGUCUCAGAGAAGCUCACAAAUCUCGAGGUGCUUUCCCUCCCCCAAGAGGAUUGCAUGCUUUUUGUGACUUUCCUACCCUCCUCCUGAGAGUUUAAUUGGAAAGGCCCUCAAGAGGUGUGCUAGAAUGUUAGGUCAGCCUAUGGACAGCUGGCAAACAAUUAAUUCUAAAUCAUGUCAUACCAACUCAUAGCUGUGUCCCCUCAGCAGCUCUGCUGCUUCAAGAUUUUUUUUUCCCAAAUUAUUUAGGCCAAUGGCUUGUCAAACAGCCACUCCCCAAAUUCUGUGCAGAUUUGCUCAGGUCAUGCCAACAGAGAAACUGCAUGCAUAUGUCUAACAAGCUUUUCUGGGGUUAAUCAAAGUUAGAGGAAAAUUUACAAACUGAAUUUGUUUUAAAGAAGGCUGGUGUUCACAUCCAUUUGUCUGCAAAAUGGCUAGUUAGGUAAGGACACAUAGUUCCAAGGAGCUAAGAUCAUCUGAUUACAGAUAUUCGAAUCUAUUGUCUCUGUAGUUCCUCUGUGCAGGGCGGUACAAGUUUGUAGGACAUGCUCUGAUAACGCACAGAUAUGGGUUACGUAUGACCUCCAAAUUACAGCUGAUCUGUCUGGGUAACGCCUGCUAAGAUCCAUAGAAUGAAGAUUGUGUUGUAUUGAGGGAUAGAAUUUGAUCAUAUGAUGGGUAACAACCAUAAAGCUCGAAGAUUUGUGAUUCUUAAAACUUCUCUGGCAUUUAAUCAUUAAUAAACAU